AUGUUGCUAGAUGGAGGGUACCUGCUGCAGUUGCUUGCAGCCUGCCGUAAGGGUAUAAAGCAGCAGCAGCCGCAGACGCAACAGCAGCAGCUGCAUCAGCAGCAGCUGCUGCUAGAGGCAAACGUUAUACCCGAAGUACAAGUGUGUGAGUCUCUCGCCCUCGCUAUAUGUGACCUGCUGUACUCCCAGUAUGAACAGCAGUUGCAGCAGCUGCUGCAGCCAGAGGCUUCCGCGCAGCAGGAGCGGGAAAAGAGGACACUGAAGGUCUCCUUGGAUAAUCUGAUUUUUGCGAAUUGGGAACUUGGGUUUAAGAAGGAAGCCGGGUAUGCUUUGUGGAUGUUUUCAUGA